UUGUGUUUUUUUUUGUAUUGUUGUAAUGCAAGGAACGUGAGAACGUCCCCUUUUCGUAAUUGCAAUUUGAUAAAAAGUGUUCAUAAUUUCAUAAUCUUCAGCCACUUACAAUAGUGUUUUACUUUAUUUUAUCUGAAUGUUUGAGAAAUUUUGUUCGAAAGUUUGAUGUUUUCAGUGUCCCAUCUAACAUGUACUUAUGUACUUACUUAAAUACUCGAGCCAGAGUAGACGUAUGCUCCUCGCAAUAUCUUCAGUUUCGCCUUUUACGAGAGAUCUCUAAAUGUUUUCUCACGUGUCUGUACCCAAUGGACCAGCCAUGAAGUUAAAGAGGUCUGCACAGCGUUCAUACUUCCCCCAUGAGCGUCCCAACCAUCCAUCCUGAUUCUAUCCACUUUUGUUUUCCGAUUCCUUGUUUAUCAUUGAUAAUCAGCACGCUUACAGUUCAAAGCAACUACCUACCAUUCAUCAUCUACUGGCUAAGCCACUCAGAAAAGAAGAUCAGAAAACUGACGUAUUGAUUGUUCAAUCACCAAUUUACUGUCAGUUCCAUCAACAGCCUCUUGAGGACGCUGAUUUGGUAAAAUGAAGGUGCAAAAUAUUCUCCAUUGGUCAACGAACAAACAAUACUCUUCAACUUGCCUCUCUGUAGUAAAUCUGAGGCACUUUUCUGAAAAUAUUUGGGAUAAAUAUUUUGACAUAGCCACUAAGAAAGAAAUUGAAUCAAUCUGGAGUAAAAGAGUCAAUGAGAGGAGAUUUGACAGACACAAUGAAGAUAAAGUUAAGCGAUACAUUCUUUCACAGUUCCCGUAUCCAUCUGGAAAUCUGCACAUGGGACACAUUCGUGUCUACACAAUUAGUGAUACUUUGGCUCGAUUCAAUCACAUGAAAGGAAGAAAUGUAUUUCAACCAAUGGGCUGGGAUGCUUUUGGCCUUCCGGCAGAAAAUGCCGCAAUCGAGCGCCAAAUUCCGGCGGACCAGUGGACUUUGAGCAAUAUAGCAAACAUGAAGUCCCAGCUGCAGGCUUUCGGAUUCAGUUUCGACUGGGAUGCUGAGCUAACAACAUGUCAUCCAAAUUAUUAUAAGUGGACGCAACAUAUUAUUUUAAAAUUAUUUCAUGCUGGACUUCUGUAUCAGAAAGAUGCUAUUGUUAACUGGGAUCCUGUCGAUGAGACGGUACUGGCUGAUGAACAGGUUGAUCAAGAAGGCAACUCUUGGCGUUCUGGUGCAAAAGUAGAGAAGAAAGUUUUGAAGCAAUGGUUCAUCAAAACAACAGCUUUUGCGAAGAGUCUGUACGAUGGUCUUGACAAAAAUGUUCUGAAAAAUUGGGAUGAAGUUCUUGCCAUGCAAAGGAACUGGAUAGGCAAGUGCGAUGGAUAUAGUUUUAAUUUCAAUCUAGUAUUGGAGAAACAAAAAAUUCCAACAUUUAUCACUGUUUGGAUACGAAACCCAGAACAUCUCAACAAUAUUCAGUAUUUAACUGUUUUGCCGGGAAGCAUGUUGGAUCACUUAGAGCCCACUCUGGAUCAAAAUAAAAACCGCCGCCUCUCAAUUCAAGCGGAGAACCCCAUCAAUGGUAGCAUCAUCCCAAUAUUUGUGAGUGACACUGUUACAUACGAAGAAUGUCAGGAUGUCAAAGCUGGUCUUCCAGAAAUUUUUCCUGAGGACAAUUUAUUUGCCCAAGAGAAAGGGAUUGAGACAAAGAAAUUUGACUCGAUGUUCUCAACAAGAGAGGAAAUUUGUAACUAUGCAAUGGAGAAGAAUAUUGGUGGCUACCCUGUAAGCUCAAGGUUAAGAGACUGGCUGAUAUCGAGACAGAGGUAUUGGGGGACUCCAAUACCACUUGUCGAUUGUGAAAAUUGUGCCGCCCCCCAGCCCAUCCCGUAUGACCAGCUGCCUGUUAUGUUACCUCCUCUUAAGGACAUAAACUUUCAUGUGAAGGGAGUCUCACCUCUUGCAAGUGCUCAAAAUUGGAUUCAAACUACAUGCCCUAGCUGCGGUGGACAAGCCAGGCGUGUGACAGAUACAAUUGAUACUUUUGUCGAUUCCAGCUGGUACUACCUCAGGUACACAGAUGCUUCCAACGAAAAAGUUCCAUUUGAUCCCGAAAAAGCUCAGGAACUUCUUCCUGUAGACAUCUAUAUCGGUGGAAAAGAACACGCUGUACUACACUUAUACUAUGCUCGAUUCAUGAACCAUUUUCUGCAUUCUCUUGGAUGGGUGCCAAACAAGGAGCCUUUUCACCAACUCCUUGUCCAAGGCAUGAUGAAAGGCAAAUCGUAUAGGCUGGAAAAAAGUGGAAGAUAUCUAAGAGAGUCUGAUGUAACAAUAGAAGGACCGGCGCAUGGUUUGCACAAGGAAACAGGAGAAAAAGUUCUCAUAGAAUGGGAAAAAAUGAGCAAAUCCAAAGGCAAUGGGGUAGACCCAGAGGCUGUUCUGGCAGAAUAUGGAGUUGACACGACAAGGUUACUGGUUCUUGAUCAAAUGACCCCAGCUAGCGACAAAAAAUGGGACCCACAGACGUUUAGAGGAGUUCUGAACUGGCAAAGUAAAGUCUGGCAAAUAGUUAAAUAUUUUAUAAGUCGUCGUCAUAUGAACGAACCAGUGAAUUACAUUGAUCCAGACCGACUUACACAAGAUGAGGAAAUGCUGUAUCAUGACCGGAACAAGUUCAUCAAAUCUGUAGGAUUCAAUUACUCUGAAGCUUAUUUACUUAACACAGUUAUCUCAAGACUUUACACAAUGUCCACUACCUUGAGGAAAUGUGCCUCCUCCACUAUCCAUUUCAGUAAAAUCUAUGAGCGAACGCUUGCAGACAUGAUAAUUGUCACAGCUCCAAUGGCUCCUCACUUUGCUGCGCAGCUGUGGGAAGGGAUUUCCUCGGUCCCUGAGAAGCUAAACGAACACGAGUACAACUGGUCUGCUACAGUUUUUGAACAGCGGUGGCCAGUCAUGGAUGAGGAUUUCCCUUUGAGUCUCAUUGUAAAGGUGAACAGUGCUGUGAAACAUGAAUAUUCAAUCAAGUACUCAGAGUUACAACGGCUAACGAAAAAAGAAGCCAUUGAAAUAGCAGUGUCUCUUCCAAAUAUACGACGAACCCUAUCAAAUAAGGAAAUCAUAGAAACAAUUUAUACUUGCACUGAAGAUUACGAUCACAUAAUUGAGUUUAAGACCAAGAAGAAGAACCAUGAAGAUGAGGAAUUAGAAACUUCCUGAUUCUACAGCUCUGGUUGCUCCUAUUUGAAUUCCUCAGAGAUGAUCCCUAGUAGCAGAACCAUAGAAGGAAAA